GACGUUCUUGAUUCAUCAUCCAACAACCUCAUGGGCAGCAAGGAUAUAUAAGCUGGAUCACACCUGCUCAACAAUAACCCCUGGAGACCUCCGCCACCUAACCUCAGCCUGUUACCAAAGUCCAGGUGCCUUCAGCGACUCCACAGCAUGCUGCCUGGGAGAGCGGCUAAUGUCCGGCACUGUAUCCUGACGAGCCGCUGGCUGCCCGCGGUCCUGGCACUGCUCCUCCUCCUCUCCUCCAGCCUCAGCGGCGCUCACAGCACCACGGUGGAGCACGACUUCCACAUCGUUCACAAUGUGGACAACAGAAGUCCAGAGAUAGACCCGUUCUGGUACGUAGGGCGCGGGGUGAGACCCAUCGGCCGAUUCGGGAAGAGGCACAGCGGCGGGAUGCAGCCGGUGCUCAGGACGCUGGAGCUGCUCCUCAACAGCCUCAGAAACAGGGAGAACCUGGAGAAAGCACUGGACGGAGAAGACAGGGAUUGGCUACCAUGACAGCGUGUGUCCCCCCCCCCCCUUCAAAUCAUAAACUCUAUGUUUAUUUUGAUUUAAGUUACUGACUCUGUAUUUGUCUCUGGUGUCUUUUCUGGGGCCUUGGUUGACAUUAAAUCCCUCUUCAAAUCUUUUUGUACAUAAACAUGUAUUCUAUAUUGUUUAAUAAAUAGGAAUGUUGUGAUUAUAUGUGUGAUCUUCCUGGAUUUGCUGGUGCACAACAAACAUCUUCUUUCAAAAGAAGCUUUAGGUUUGCAAAUUGUAUUCAUUUCAUGGACACUUUUUCUCAGUGUACUGUGGCACGUAGAGAAUCUGUAUCUUUUGCACAUUUAUAGUUUCCCCAACGUAAUAAUUGCAACAAACGAUUGCACGUAAAAAUGGAGCCGUGCACAGUA